AUGACUGAUGAGAAGACCUUCCGCAUCGGCUUCAUUGUGCUGGGGCUCUUUCUGCUGGCCCUUGGCACAUUCCUCAUGAGCCAUGACCGGCCCCAGGUCUACGGCACCUUCUACGCCAUGGGAGGCGUCAUGGUGAUCGGGGGUGUCAUCUGGAGCAUGUGCCAAUGCUACCCCAAGAUCACCUUCGUACCUGCUGACUCUGACUUCCAAGGUGUCCUGUCCACGAAGGCGAAGGCGCUGGGCCUGCUGGAGAACAGGCUUGCUGCCGAGAUGAAGAGCCCCCAGCCCCCCUACGUCAGGCUAUGGGAGGCAGCCGCCUACGACCAGAGCCUGCCUGACUUCAGCCACAUCCAGAUGAAGGUCAUGAGCUACAGUGAGGACCCCCGCCCCCUCCUGGCCCCAGAACCCGGACAGCGGCAGCCAGAAGCCAGCGAUGGAGGAGAAAGUGGCCCUCGUGACCCUCAGGCCUGGUUGGAAGCUGCCGUGGUCAUUCACAGGGGCUUGGACCAGGAUGAGGGAGAAAGAGACCCAAGUCAGGGCAGGUUCAGCCCCCCGACCUGUCCCCAGGGUCCUGCACCCUUGGCUUCCUUCCAAGAUGACCUGGACGUGGGCUCCAGUGAGGGCAGCAGCCCCAGCCCGUCUCCACCCGAGGGAGUGGAACCUCAGCCCCUGCCUCCAGAGUCCUGGACCUGCAGGUGCCAGCUGGACCGCUUCCAUGACUUUGCCCUGAUUGAUGCCCCCACGAUGGAGGAUGUGCCUCCAGAGAAACAGCGGCGGGAGGCAGCUGUGCCUAGCUCCCAGCAGAGGUCCCCAAGGACAAAAGAGGAGGAAGAAGCUUCAGACACAGGCACAGAGGGGCCGGCACAGGAAGAGGAAGACCUGUACUACGGGCUUCCCGAUAGCCCCCGGGAUCCCCUCCCAGACAAGGAACUGGGCUCUGAACCUGAGGCCCAGGGCUGACAUGGAACUGCUCCUGGGGUUCCAAUCUGGCUCCACCACCAAUCUCCAUGUGACCUCACAGGGCUUCCAUUUCACUAACUGCAAAAUGGGGUUUGAUUUUGUAGACUCUCAGUGGGCCGAGAGCAUUUUGAGAACCACACAGAGAGGAGAUGAUUACAUUACUGGGCCAUUGCUGUUUCGAUCAUUAAUACUUUUUGUGGAGCUUUGAAGGUAAUAGGAUUUGUUGAGAAGAUUUGCAGCAGCCAGAGCCCUCAAGUGCCUUUUUAGCUUCACCUCAAAGCUAGCUUCUGACCAGGAACCCUCCUUGGUGCUGGCCCUGGGUCCCUCAGCCCCUGUGAAAGCCCCUCAGGGUCCUCAUUCCUGCUGAGUCUUUUGGUCCACUUGAUGGAUGGUGAAAUAGGUCUUCAUUCAGAGCUGACAUCUGGACCUGCAUCCUUCCUGUAGCUUCUGUUGUUCUGGGAUCCAAAACCUCCCAUGAGUGACCUCUGCUGAUCUUCCAACUUUCUCCUGGUCAGCCCACCCCCCGCUCACCCUGCGCCUUAUGCCUCUGCCAAGCUGUCUUCUCCACCAGGAUGCCCUUUGUCCCUGUCUGCCUGGCACAUUCAGGCUCAUCUUUCAAACCUCUGCAGAGACAUCCCCCUUCUGAAGGCUCUUCCUGAUGUCACUGCUUUUGGACCGAGUUAGUCCUGGCCUCUCUGUGCCUCCUCUGGGCCUUCCACGUUUAUCUUGGAGUGUGGCUGCCUGCUCAAGGCCAGUACUUUUGCUUCACUCGCCUUGGUCUCUCCUGUGCCCAACUCAGGUGGUCCCUGAGGUGGUAUAGAAGUGACCAGAACCCAGAAGGUUUUUGCAGGGAAUGCCCCAUCCCUCAUUCCGCUGACUCUCAGACUCCUGACUUAACUCAUUUGGCCCCGGUGGCAUUUAUGGAGCAUCCACUGUGUGCCAGAUGGUAAGCUGGGAUCUUUAGGUGGAAAGAGACACAAACUGAUGACAGUUCUCACCCUCAAGGGGCUCACAAUACUCUGAGCCUGGCAUCUUGUAAGUUAGACACAGCGUGCAGAGCAGAAACUGAGGUGGGAACAGAGCAGUUAAAAAAUUGUCCCAACUGAGUGACACCCACACAACCACUGUGGCCAUGGACUCCAGGAACAAACACCUCUUGCUGUCUGAGCAGCCCCUGAAGUUAUGGCAGCAUCACUGAGUGAUGCUUUCUUGGGCUGAUCUCUGCAAAGCCCCUCUGGGCCCCGGCAUGGGUGGUACCACCUCAGUGGUGGCCCCCACAUUCAGAGCUGGCACCCUGGGCCUCUUGGGAGGGCUGACCUUCACCUGGGCUACGCCUCUGGGUUGGGAUUGGGGUCAUGGCAGAGGGAAGGGCAUGCCCCGGCACCCUCUCCAUCUCCUUUCUGGGUGGUUGCCACCUCCAGUAGGAGAGCCUCUGCUAUAACAGCUGUUCCCGGCUCUGCUCACUCACGCAGGGGAGGGGUGACCUGCAUCAAGAGGACACCAG